AUGGAGUCAUUCAAGAAGCGGUUCGGGCGACCGUUUCGCCUAGGGCGGAAAGACGAACAACAUAUCUCUGAGAACGCACCAGGUGGUGGGAAAAACACAGCAAGUUCCUCAGUUCAAAGGUUGUUUCCAGACAACAACAUCUACGGUCUCAGGGACGUCCAUGUGCCUGAAGAUGCGAUCGUUGACAUCGUGUUUCUUCACGGACUAAAUGGUCGUGCUGAUAAAACAUUCGUUCAUGGACGUUCAGGCACAUACUGGCCCGCAGAUCUCCUCCCAAAUGACAUUCCUAACGCGCGCAUCUUGAGCUUCGGAUACGACGCAGACGUUGCUACCUUCUUCGGCCCAGUAGGGCAGAACACCCUACAAGGCCAUGCCUCGAACUUAGUCAACGCCUUGGGUAAUGACAACUCUGGAACUAACUCUAUCCCGCGAAAGAUUAUCUUCGUCGCGCAUAGCCUUGGUGGUCUUGUGGUGAAACGCGCCCUCGCCCUGUCCGAAGCAUCGGCCGAUAUACACUUAAGACGUAUGGAACGAGACACUAUAGGUGUUGUAUUUCUAGGGACACCUCAUAGAGGCGCAGAUGUGGCUUCCUUUACCACAGCCAUAAUCAACAUUGUGAGGAGCGCCGGGAUCAGAGCCAACUCCAAGAUCCUGGAUGUGUUUAAAAGAGAAUCACAAGUGCUAGCCUCAGUAGAGGAUAGCUUUUCAAAUUGGCUAAGGAAAACUAGCGGACGAUUUGCAUUAAGCUGUUUUUAUGAGACGUUGGAGCUUUUAGGUGUUGGAAUGGUGGUCAAACCGGAUUCAGCAACAAUCCCUGGAUGGCCAACCCAGUCUAUUAAUGCAAACCACAUGGACAUGGCAAAAUUCCGAGAUUCAAAUGAUGAUGGAUACCAUCAAGUUAGGCGGGAGCUCCAAAGGUGGAUACAACCCCUCAGCGCAAACGUAGGUGGUGAAGCGCUUGAGUCUUCCACAAGCAUGGAAAGGGAGAGAAAUGAAUGUCUUCGAACCCUCUACUUUAAGGAGUGGAAUGCCCGUGAGACGCGCAUCGGCGACGUUGACCAAGGAGGAGAUUGGCUUUCAUCCCAUAAAGAGUAUCUGAAAUGGAUUGAAAAUCCUAACUCUGAUUCACUUUGGAUAGAGGGUAAGCCAGGAAGUGGCAAGUCGACGUUAGCAAAACGAAUUGUCCAAAAAUGGCGCGAUGAAUACGACAUCCCGGGCGACAUGAACGCGGACCAUUACAAGACCACUAUAAUAGCAGCCUUCUAUUAUAAUUUUCGGGGUGGAUUUACUGAGAUGAGCCACGAGCUAAUGCUUCGCUCUAUCGUCUAUCAGAUAUGGAGCAAAGACAAGAGACUAUUCCCUCUUUUGAGAGAGACCUAUCGGCGACUGAAAUCGAGAGCCGAUGAUCAUUCAAUGCCCCACCAAUUAUGGAAAUACGAUGACCUAAAGUCUGCUUUGCAGUGUCUACACCAGGUCGACUUCCCAUUGCGCAUUUUAUUGGUCGCUGAUGGAAUGGACGAGUCGGAUAAUGCUAGACGGAGCGAUCUACUCAAUUUCCUGCGAACACUUUCUAGCCAGACGAGUAAGUGCGUUAUGAAAGUACUGAUCGCGAGCAGGCCAGAGACUGAUAUUAAUUUAAACGUCCAUAAAUCCCGCCACAUCAUUCUCCAAUAUGAAAACAAGGGAGACAUCUUGAAGGUGAUCUCGAGAUGGUUCGAGAGACUCGAAAAUCAGAGCAAAGAGGAUCCUAUUAAAGAUGAACCGCCAUCUUCUGAAGAAAGCCAAUGUCCAGGUGACUUUAGAGGGGCCAGGGACUACAUUAUCGAAACCGCCGACGGUGUAUUUCUCUGGGUCAGUUUAGUCUUGAGAAAUCUUGAUAACCUGAUUCGUAGGGGUGCAUACACGCCAGAAGCUCUUGAGAAGCGUGUACGCAAACUCCCCAAGGAGCUCGGUGGGCCAGAUGGCUUUUAUCACGAAAUUGUGCAAUCUUUGCUGAGGCAUCAAGAGAAUGAAAGUCUCGAUGAAGAUGACAAGGAAGAUCAGCGAAGACAGACGAGAACAAUACUUUCAUGGGUCACUUUCUCUAGGAUACCUUUAAUUUUGAGAUAUCUCGAGGAUAUGUUAGCAACACCUCUCCAAAUAGAGAAUAGGGACUUGCUGGACUUUGAUCUCGAACGACAUAGACCACGGGAGCUAGAUCGGGGGCUUAUAUCGUACUGCGGGGGUUUAUUAGAAGUUCGCGAUAGUAUGGGUACUCAAACGGUCCAACUCAUACAUCAGACAGUUCGAGAAUUCCUUGUACACCGAGACCGCUUCGCAAAACCAUAUGAUUUAGACGAAAUUCAGGGGGAUCGCUUGAUCUCUUUGGCGUGUUCCGCCAACAUUCGCACCAUGUUUGGAGCAACUAUCUUGCGGAUGGAACCCGAUGAUGGCUUCUCACAGAUCGGCUUGGUAACGGCGUAUCUAGACGGGAACACACUACUCAUCUACUCGAUAGCUUAUUUUAUGACACAUAUCAUCGCUUUAGGUAAUACUGGACACGACAUAUACAUAGUAUUCGAGUCCUUCAUCAAAGAGGUCGUAUUGCACCCAACGUCUUACGCAACGCUUCUUCUUCUUCAAUGGCUCUCUCAACAUUGGCCCUUGAAACAAUUGAGAGAUAUUAAUCAACUUAACGCUGAGAGAUGUCUUGGUUCAGCAUUGGCCUGUGCUGCUGCUCGUGGGCAAACAACUGCCGUAGCAGUAUUGCUCCUUCUAAGAGGAAAUGCUAGCGGACAAUACGGCAAUCCUCUUCAGGCUGCAGCAUAUCACGGCCAUGAAGGGAUUGUUGAACUUCUACUGUAUUUUGACGUAGACGUUAACGCUGAAGAUGGCCAAUAUGGAACUGCUCUUCAGGCUGCAUCACGUCAGGGCCAUGAGAAUAUUGUUCAGAUACUACUACAGCAUGGGGCAAACCUGGAUCUUGGCCGGGUCACAUAG